AUGGGGUGCACACCUUCCCACAGUGACAUUGUGAACAGUGUUACAAAGAGUGGCUUUCAGUUUUUGAAAAAGCCCAAGGUGAUUUUGUCAGGGCAUCAGGCGGGCGAUGAAAGAUGCUCUAUCCCUUUGUUGCUUAAAAGUGCCACCUGCUAUGACUCUGGUGGUGGCCAGUGCCUGGGACAGAGGACAGCUGAGGAGCAGCCAAGGGCCAGGUGGAACCAAAUCACAACUGAAGGUCUAUGUCAGCUCAUGGAGGAUUCUGUUUCAGGCUAAGGGAAAGAUAGGGUAGGACUGACCCUAAAAGGCAAAACCUUUCCAUCCCAGCCAACCAAAUCACAGAGUCAUACGGCUAAAGACAUUCUGUUUAAGACACAGAGUUCUCAUGGAUUACAAAAAGCAGCCUUAUCUGGGGAGGAGUUGGGGAAAAAUAGUACUCAGCAGACCUACCCAUGGGAAAGGAAAUCAAAAUGCCACAAACCAGGCAAACAGGACCAUUGUUGCCAAACAGUCCUGCCUCCUUGCGGGUCUGCAAACAAGGUGGACUUUCCUGAGCCCCUGGUUGCAGCCCACCACCAAACUUACGCCUACCUGCACUCCAGCCUCUCCAAAUACGAAGCAAUCCUGUGCAUCAUCCAUCAGGCCACCCAAACCCAGGCGUCACUGCAGCCCGUGGUCAGCUUCCUGCUACUAUGCUUUGAUAAGGUCAACCAGCUCUUGGGGGAGAUCUCUAAAGAUGGAGAAGCACUCCUUCAGCAAGUUACGGCUGAUCUGACUUGGCCGUUGGGAGAAGGAGAGACCCGGGAGCAACCAGAUCUCUUGCAACAGCUCCUGCAGUAUACAGUCAGCAAGCUGCAGCAGCUCAAUGACACAGUGGGCUCACUCACCUGCAGCCUCCUGGGACAUUCCAGAAGCUUCUUCCACUCCUGCACAAGCCACUUGGAAAAGGAGCUGAGUCUAAAGAGGGGUACAGGUGAGCAUCUCUUCAGAGUUCUGGGUCAACUUGGCGAGAGCUUGGUGAAUGGCCAUGAGGACAUCGGGGGACAGGGUCUCCCCUUGUGCUCUCAAGACAGUGGCAUUGAUGCUGACAAAGAAUCCAUGCAGUCCUUGGAGAAGCUGGACAAGCAAGCCAGCUGGGACAUUGUGCUGGAGCCCAUAGAACAGAAGUCAGUAACCUCACCCCAAGUGGAAACCAGGCUGUCACGACAGGCCUGGCAGCCAAGUCCCUCCUGGUUAGGUUCAGGCAGACAACAAGACUGUCCACUCUCAAGGCUUCCAACGUCAAAGGUUCAGCCAGCAUCACUUCAGGAAGCAAGAAACCAAUGUCCUUCCAAUCCAGACCCAGAAAGUAUUUCCUCUAGACCUUUGGGACCAAGCACAAACACUCCAUGGGAUUCCCUUGGCAGCCAGGUCCCUGUGGAAGCAUGCCUCUCUAAAGGUUCCAUGUUAGCGGACCCUCCAUUCCUCAGUGAAGACAAGGACAGCAGCCCAGAGAAGGAGGAAGAUGAAGCUCGCAGCAUGAGUCCACGUGCAUGUCAGGACACAGCUCCACUUCCAAGGCCACGGUCUUCACCUGCUGGCUGGGAAAGCACAUUUCAGCAUCACUCCAGGAGGUAUAGGAGCCCCCAGACCCGUGACAUGAUUCGGAAGAUGAAGGAAGCCAUCAGCAAAUUUGUCCCUGUGCCCUCUGGACCCCCUGACUGGGCUGAAGAGGAGAACCGGAGGACAAUGGGCCCACCAAGACCUAGCACGGUCAGUGGCAGCAGGGGGGCUCUGGUGAAGCAAAUAAGGUCCCAGUCAGAGGGGAAUCUGAAAAGCCAUAUGGAGGGCCCCACCCUCCAGGAGCUACAGAGGGACCAGAGGGACCUCAGCCAGAGGCUGGAGGCAUUCUAUGCACUGGGGGCACACAGCCAGCGGCACAGCAAGGAGCAGCUUCUGCAGCUCAGAGCAGCAGCUUUGUGGACAGACACCAAGGGCCAGGUGACUCCGACCAAUGCUAUCAGCAAGCUGAAGGCAUCUCUCACCAAAAACUUCAGCAUUUUGCCUAGUCAGGACAAGAGCAUUAUGCAGAAGUGCAAUCCCCACCCCGAGAGUGAGCAGCCUUGGCAUCCCAACGCCAGCCCAUUGGGUGAAAAGAGAAGCAAGGCUCCCAGGACCAAGGACUGUAACACUAGAGGCUAUCCCACCAGAAUAUCAGUCAAGAAACUCAUUGAAACUUUCAGUUCCACUAACAGUCUGAGUUCACUGGGGGCUUCCAAGGACUCUGAGCCAAACCUCUGCCUCAGCAAGUGGGGGGUUCCCAUCAUGCCUCCCAGAUUCCCCAUCUAUAGGGGACUUGUCUCUUUGUACCCUAAGGCCCACAUUUCUCCAGCAGCAGGCUGGAGGUCCUUUGCACCUCUCUUUCCCCCUCUGCUUACAACAGAAGCCUCCAAGAGUGAGGAUAUCCACAGUGAGACAGAGGAGGACCCCCAGCAUCUUCCUCCACCACCUUUGGAAAUCCUGAUGGACAAAUCAUUUGUGUCUCUGGAGCCCCGAGAAAGCAGUGAUCCAGCAAGAAGCUUCCCUGAAGGGAACAGCAUGCCAGGGAUGGGAAGAUUUGGCCCUUCCAGGAGAAUAUGGACUUCCCCAAAGUUGAGAGCCUCCAUGAGCCCCACUGAGCUGCUGCCCAACAAGGGCACAGCCAGCACUACCAGGCCCCAAAGCACAGGGCCAGGGGGCAGCAAGAGUAGCUGCAAUCCUAGAAAGCUUAUCUUGGACUUGAACCACCCACCAGCCAGCAGCCAAAACCCAGAGGUAGAGGGUGGGGUUCAGAGUCAGCCACAAGCAGAGAAGACGACAAGCCAUUGCAGGCAUACCCAGAAGACAUUACCCUGGCGCUGCUGUAGCCACUUAUCCGGGCAAAGGAGGGCCUUGGAACUCAGCCUGGCUGUACCAAUGCGAAGACCACAUUCUCCUCAGGCUUCAAAGCAAAGCCAACAGAGAAGUCCCCUGGUGGUCAGGAAGACCUCUCCCAGAAGGGUGCUCAGGGCACCCCUAGCUGAGAAGAGACAUGAGAGCCUGCCCUCCUCCCACAGGCCAGCCCAACCAAGACUCCCCACUGUGUACAGGUCCCCUAACCCACCACUCAGUACUGAAGCACCAAGCCCCCCAGUGAGUCCCAGGACGCUAUGCCCACUAACACUGAAGAAACAAAUGUCCCCAUCACCCCAGCACAAGGUGUCCAACCCUCCCCCAGAAAGCCCACCUGAUCAACACAAGGUCUCCAGCCCUCCUAGCCAGAGAAAAGAAGCAAGUUCCCCAUCCUCCAGUCCCUCCCCAUCUCACCCAGCAUCUCCCACUCUGAAGGAUAAGGAAACAAGAGACGCUGAAGACAGCCCAGGAGCCAUGGCCAAAGUAUCUGAGAAUAUAUGUUCCAUAUUCUGUCCAGCCACCUCCUCUCUGUUUGAAACUAAGAUACCACUCUCAAGAGCUUACCUACUGACCCCCCCAGAGGCUGGGGGCUCUCUCCGGACACCAGCAGGAUGCUGGAGGAGUAGCAGUUCAGGGCCACGACUGAAGACAGAUUUACAGAGGAGAGUGGUUCUGUAUGCCCUCAAUCCUCAGCCUUUCAUCAGAAAGACAGCUUCUGAAUGCCGGUCUGGUGUCAGGCUCUGGCUGUCUGUCUCUGGCUGCAUCCACACAACUAGUGAAGCCCAGCGUAGCCAAUGCAGCAGCGAUGAGGCCCCCAGGAAGGACACCGAGCCUUGGAGCAGCCUCUGUGGCCCGGAACUGAAUCUAAAGCGUGUAUCUCCCCCAGAGCUGUAUGUACUGGGCCAUGGGCUACAGCGAGAGGACCAGCUCCAGCCAGAAGCACAGCCCCAGCAGAAGGCAACAGCCUGA